AUGGCCUCAGCAACCUCGUUCCGCCAAAUCAUCGGCGCCCCGCCCUCAACGGCCACGCCCACCGAUAGCACCCUCGUCAUCAUCGACGCCCAAAACGAGUACGCCGAGGGCAAGCUGGCCGUAUCCGACGUCGCGACCUCCCGCAAAGCCAUCGCCUCCCUGUUGCAGAAGUACCGCAGCGCCGGCGGCAGCAUCGUGCACGUUGUCCACGACACGCCGGCGGGCGCACCCGUCUUCACGCCCGGGACGCGGCUUUCUGAGGAGUUUGAGGAGCUCGCGCCCAAAGAUGGAGAGAAGGUCGUGCGCAAGAACUUCCCUGGAUCGUUCGCCGGGACGGAUUUGCAGGAGCACCUUGAGGGGAAGGGGGAGCAGGGGAAGAAGAUUGUGUUGACGGGAUACAUGCGCGGCUUUGACGUUCUCGUGGCGGAGGAUGCGGUUGGUGAUCGUGACAUUCCCGGGGUUGAUGCUGCCCAGCUUACCAAGGUCGCCUUGAGUGAGAUUGGAGACGCAUUUGGCACCAUUGUUCAAAGCAAGGACAUUGCGUAA